AUGUGGCUCCAUACCAGCAAGCGGCCAGUGAAGGUUGCAGUGUCCGACACGCUAGGUGGAGGAUCUAUACUACAGAGGUACCUUACAGACGCACCUGCACAGCACACAGCUGUAGGGGAGCGGUUCGCGCAGCGGAGGCGUCAUCUACAGGACCAGUGCGCGGACCUCCCGAGCUACUUCGGUACGCAGAAUUCGGAGAACGCCGUAAAGGAGCAUCUAACCAUUGAUACCAAACACAACCUGGUUUACUGCGCAAUCGAGAAAAUUGGAUCAACGUUCUGGAAGCGGGUAUACCAGAUUUUAAGCGGGUUUAAGAACGUGUCCGACCCAUUUGAGAUUCAGGGAAUUAGGGCGUACGAGGGGUACCUCACCGCUAAGGGACUGCCCUUCGACAGGAUACAUUAUAUUCUGAAAAAUUCCAAAAAGUUUAUGUUCGUCAGAGAGCCGUAUGAGCGUCUUCUGUCCGGGUAUGUAGACAAGCUGUUCGCGCCAAACGCCGCCUACUGGGCAUUUAUCGGCACGUUCAUUACGCAGACAUUCCGCGCGAAUGCCACGGAGGAGGCGAAAAAGUGCGGACAUGACGUCACGUUCGAAGAGUUCGUGCUUUACUUCAUUUACUCGCAACACAACAAUCUUAGGAGAGACGCGCACUUUGUGCCAAACUUUGAACACUGCAGACCGUGCGAAAUUGACUAUGAGUACAUUGGUAAGCUGGAGACGUUCAAAGAGGAUACACUGUUCUUGUUGAAGGAAUUACAACUUGAUUCUGAAGUUCGGUUUACCGACUUUCAAACUGAAACCGAGCGGGACGCGAUAGUUGACGCUGCGGAUUAUGUGUACUCAAUGCAGAAAGCGAUUACCAAGUGUAUGUCCAUGCACGAGGCACUUUUCCGAUGCUACCGGAAGUUGCAGAUUCGGGGAAUCAUAAGCACAGACGUGGAGUAUCCUUUCAUCCGAGAAGGCGAGAGGGAUAUUUCUAUUGAAGAAUACAAACGGAAUUUGCUUACUGCGCAUGCGCAUUCGGGACCACCGGAAAGCAGGAAGUCCAAUAGGCGAGAGGCGUUCAUUGAAGCUUAUUCAACACUAUCCGCAGACGUUCUGCUGAAACUUACAAACGAAUUAAGCGUUGACGCUAAACUUUUUGACUAUGAACUCGUUCCCAAAGCAUUUGAAAAAAUAGAAAACUAUAAGCCAGAGUUUAGCUUCUUUCACAUCCAUCUGUAACUUUAGGACGUGUUUAAAUAUGCAUUCAAAAUACAGUAUACGCAAAUAGACCUUUCCCUGAAUGCGUUUGAGUUUGAAAACACACCCUUAUGUCGCUUUAAAACAACGCCGGUCCUUUUUAUCAACUAGUUAACGCUUUAUUCAAAUACAUUUGGUUGGUAUGGAACAUACUUUAUUUUUUUAUAAUGGACCAUAUUAAUGUGUGCCAGCAGUUUAGUGUGUUCUUCAAAAAAGGUAGAUGAUCCCUAGAUACACCUAUUGCGACCUCUGCAUAACCUUAUAGUUUGUAUUGAAAGUCGGCUUAAAUUGCGGUGUUAAUCCAGUGGUACCUGUAUUAUUAUAAUGCUUGUGUGGACGUUUUCAAAGGUUAGAGUCUUAUUUCUCGAUGUGACACUUAUGCAGAAAAUGCACGA